AUGACAAUGACUUCAACAUAUCCCAAGUCUCUCCGUAUUGGAGUCAUGCUGGAGGCUGUCCAGCUAAGCGACAUUGUUGGUAUUGACAUCUUCGGCAAUAUGUCUACCAAGAUCCUGGCUGAGAUCGCCGCGAAUGGCCCGGACUAUGCCGUUCUUCUCGACAAGGCAAUCGACAUGGAGUUUUUCUACAUGUCCUCCACUCUCGAUCCAUUCGAAGUCACUCCAAGCUUGAAGAUCGUUCCGAACGUGACGUACGAUACGUGCCCUCGGGAUCUCGAUAUUGUUGUGAUUGGUGGACCGUUUCCUACGUUCCGACCUGCCGGCGCAGAUAAAUUCAUGAAGGAGGCAUGGUCUAAGACGCGCGUAUGGUUGACCACCUGCACCGGAGCACUGUGGCUUGCCAGCACAGGGAAACUGAGCGGCCACAAGGCGACUGCCAACCGCGCCGCGGUUCCUAUCGCCCAGCAGAUGUACCCGGACGUCCAAUGGCUGGACCAGCGAUGGGUCGUGGAUGAAAAGCCCUUUGAUGGCGAAGGGAAGGGCGAGCUCUGGACAGGCGGCGGCGCUGGUGCUGGUAAAUGA